GCCGGCGCGGGCUCUCCUGCGUCGUCCUCGCCUCCUACGUCACAAGCGGGUUCCGCGCCUCCUCGGUCCGCCGCUACCACCAAGGAGGCGCUGCGAUCGCUCUUGCGCUCUCCGCAGGGCACCACCGAGGUGUUCGCCAUGCGCACCGCCCGCUGGCUGGUCGUGCACCACCUGGACGGUUUGGUCGUCGAGCUCGGCAGCGCCGUCAGCGGCGUCGCCACCGAACUCAUCACGCGCCUCGCAGAGAUGUGCCAGCGGCAGCUCGGGCGCAUGGGCAAGUCGUUCACGCUGGUACUGCCGGAGUCGACGACGCUGUUCGCCCAGUACGACCUCAAUGCCCUUCUCACCACGAGGGGCUUGUACCCGAUCCAGAGGACGCACUUGACCAGCGACCUCAGGCACGCUAGCUGCCCAGCGCCCUUCAAGGGGGCAUAUUUCGGAAUCGAGCACAUCCUGAACCGAACCCGGUCGGCGCUGGGCAGGGGCCACCGACGCCAGGGCCUGUCGCGCAUCUUCUUCAGCGUCAGCCUGCUCGGGGCCCACUUCCUGCUGGACCGGGAGCCCGCGCUCAACGAGAGCGUCGCCUUCGCGCCGGCGAAGUUCCAGGGAUUCAUGCCCUACUCUCAGGUGUGCCAGCUGAUGAUGUCGGGCGGCUGGAACGCGCGCGCCAACCUGGAGACCGACUGCACCGAGGCCACCCGAGGACCCCAAUGGGUGUCCGCCUUCGCGCCUUUCUCCGGAAACUGGAUCCUCGGACUUAAAGGGGCCAUUCGGGGGCUCGCGGUCUUUGACGUCGACGGGGACGACCGGGACGGCUACUGCGGUGAAAAGCACGUCCUGCUCAAGAGGCUCAAGGACCUGCUGUCCUGAAGGCGCCCGCGGUUUGACGUCGUCCGGCUCCGCGAAGACGACGUCUUCUUGAUUAGCAGGACGCGACGGCAGCGACCGUGUUGCGCCUCGGGCGGCCUCUGCGUCGUGCCAUGAAUGUAACCCGUCUGCUGUAUGCGUCACGUGUCUGGUGCCUUUUUUUUUUACUUGCACAGUUUUUGUCCCGGUACACCUGCGUUAUAGUUUGGCAAUGUAACGGCAUAUUGCUUGCUGCGGAGCAAGCUGUUCGUUGCGAGAAUGAUAUGACUUUGCCGCGACUUUCGUCUAACUCAGGAUGA